GCCGAACAGAGUAAAGAGCACUUACUAGCUGGCACAGGUCUAGAGAAAAUGUCAGAACGCAGAAUACCAUUCUCCUUCCUCCGCACUCCAAGCUGGGACCCAUUUCGGGACUGGUACCAAGGCACCAGUCGCCUUUUCGAUCAGUCAUUCGGUAUGCCACGUAUUCCCGAGGACUGGUACCAAUGGCCCAGCACCAGCUGGCCAGGCUAUGUUCGCAUGCUUCCAAGCCAGUCCAUGGAAGUUGUCCCCCCCACCACACCUGCUGGUGCAACUGCUCCUGACUUUAAUCGUGCCCUCAGCCGCCAGCUUAGCAGUGGAAUCUCAGAGAUCCGUCAGACUUCAGACCAAUGGAAAAUCAGCUUAGAUGUCAACCAUUUUGCCCCAGAGGAGCUGGUCAUAAAAACUAAAGAUGGCAUCGUGGAAAUUACAGGCAAACAUGAAGAGAAACAAGAUGAACAUGGCUUUAUCUCUAGGUGUUUCACUAGGAAGUACACUCUUCCUCCAGGUGUUGAUAUAAACAAAGUGGCCUCAUCGCUUUCCCCUGAUGGUAUUUUGACUGUUGAGGCGCCACUACCGAAACCUGCCAUUCAGUCUGCUGAGAUCGCCAUCCCAAUAACUUUCCAGAGUCGAGCAGAAAUUGGCACAACUGAGGCUAAGAAAGGGGAGGAGGCCACCAAGAAAUGAAAUGAACUCAGCGUGUACUAAUCGCAAGACUACACUUUCCUGUAAAAUGUCACUUUUUUUUUUACCAAUAACUGGUUGAAUAAUAAAUAUAGAAAAUGA